GCGCGAAACCCGCGAAACCGCUACUCGCAACGGACACCGCGUUCCAGUUUAAAGCCCUAUAAGUCUCGAACGAGUCGGGAGGAGUUCUUCCAGUUAUUAACAAAGAAAACAUCGGCGAGCCGCUCCAGGGAAACCAGGACGCCAUGGCAUCCUCCGCCAGGAGCUAUCUCAUCACUCUGCUUCUCUACGUCUCGGUCGUAAACGAGAUCAGCCUGCCUCUGGUGACGUGCCAGGACGACGAGGGCGAGCAAUGCCUACCCCGGAAGACAUUCUUCGCCCUGCUACGCCUGCCGGAAGUCAGUUCAAACCUUGCGGCGUACUCGCGAACGGCGCGGAUAAUCCUCGACGCCAAGAACCGAAACGAGCUCGUUAACCUGAAGACUACGUCAACGGACGACGCGGAGGACGGUGAGGUCUGCCUUCCGGUCGGCGUCUACCUCGAGCUCUUCAGCUACCCAGCUACGAGGGGUCGUCUGGCAGCCAUGACCAGUGCUCAGCGGCUCUUCGAGGAGCCGGCAGCAUCGAGAAUGGACGAGGCCGAUGAGGGGGAAGAGGAGGACGAAGUCGACUCGGAGAAACGAAGCAUCGCGACCCUCGCGAAGAACGGUGAUCUGCCGAUAUCCAUCCAAGACAAGGCGGACGAGGAGGAGGAGGAUCAAGAGAAACGAAGCCCCGCGGCCAUGUUGAACAGGGAUGAGCUCGAGGCGCUCUACCGAUACUCGGAGCUCGGGAAGCGCAACGUUGCCGCGCUGGCUCGAGACUUCGCGCUGCCGUCGGGAAAACGGAACGUAGCUGCGCUGGCUCGUGACUUCGCGCUGCCGCCGUCUAGCUCGGGAAAACGGAACGUCGCCGCGCUGGCUCGCGACUUCGCGCUGCCGUCGGGAAAGCGGAACGUCGCUGCUUUGGCGCGUGACUUCGCGCUGCCCUCGGGUAAGCGCAACAUCGCCGCGCUGGCUCGGGACUACAGUCUGCCAUACGGGAAGCGGUAUUUGGACAUUUUCUCACGCGGCAGCGCGCCGCGCUUCCAGCCCAGCUACGGCGAGAAACGGAACCUCGCGGCUCUCGUUAGGAACGGCGAUAUGCCCGUUGGACUUAAGCGCAAUAUCGCGGCUCUGGCCAGGGGAUGGACUCUGCCGACUCAGAACAGGUUCGGACGCUCGUUGGACAACAUCGAGGGGAGGGCGAAGGGCCGGAUGAAGGAUGCUCCGAGACCGGAAGAGCAGCGCAAGAAGGAGGAGGACGCCAAUGAGAGGAAAUUGGAAGCUUUGGCCAGCUCCCCGGCGGUGGCCGCCAAGAUUUCCGGGGAUAACGAGAAGCUCAAGCUCGAUACCGAUAUCAAUGGCAAGAAUAAAUCAGCGAAGAACGCCAAGCAUGCUGGCGAGAAAAGGCCGAAGCGGCAGAUCGAAUUCUCUGACGAGUAUCCUCUGCCCGUUAUGCAGAACAACAACGUUCUGGAUUAUGAGGAAUUUAUCGAGGCACUUACAGGCGAUUAUCCCAACGCGGAGAAACGAUUCAUGGCAACGGACCCCAGGGAGAUGCAGGAAGGCGAAGAAGCCAGCUUCUACAUGUCGCAACCCUCGAAGAAGCACAUCGGGGCGCUGGCUCGCCUUGGGUGGCUCCCCUCGUUCAGAUCCGCAAGGUUUUCCCGCUCCCCACGGUACCUGGUGAACAGGGCGAAUUCCGCAGAUGGGACCUCGGCCGACUACCCCGCCGACUCGGCGUCUAGGACGUUAGGAUUCGGCGGCGCGACCCGUUACUCCAGAUCCCAGAACUUCGGAGAUUGUCGUCACGGUUUCAAGAGAUUUCUCCUCUUGCCAGCAGUCGACAAACUUCUACUGCAGAAGCUUUACACGACCCCAAGAACCGUAUAGAUUAUAACAUAUUCACCCCUUUCCCCAAUAUACCAGCGUUGAUUAUACCGCGCAAACAGUAAUCAAUUAACCCCCAUCACCCACUGUCAUUAUUGGUAUACCUAUAUUAACGUGUUACGAUAAGCAUGCGAUCCGCGAGGGAUUGUCAACACUCGAGAAGCAGAAGAAGAAGAAGAAGAAGAAGCAUUUAUCCUUCGUCAGAACCGAUGGAGUAUAGUAGUUGCAAUAUUGGCUUGCUUUUUGGCAAAAGUUGUUGAAGAUGAAUUUUAGUACUGGCUAAUAUAACUUAUUCGGAUUCAAAUUUAUAGCCGUCUAUAUUAUGGGAUUCCAGCAGAAAAAGUAAUUAUCUGUGUACCUAUGCAAUGUUUCGCCGAAGUUAUAGACUCACGUCCGAUCUUCGAAAUCCCAGAUAUUUUAAUUCGUCCCCGUGCUUUGAUGUAUCAUAUUUGAAUCUAUAAUAAAGAUACUCGUCAAACUUCUUCCAGCAAGUCAGCAUGAAAAGGAAACACGAAGAAAGAAAAUAAAAUGAGGAACAAAUGGAUGCAAAAUUUGCGGAACGUUGGAUUUGUAAUUUAUGCUGAUUGCGACGUAGAUCGUAGAAUUUAAAUCCCUAGUUGUUAGUCUGUUCCAUGAAAUCCUAUAUUCAUCAUUUAUUCAUGCUAAAUAACAGAGUGCAGCGGUUUUGUUCUUAAUUCCGAUCGCGGUGAUAUACACAUGAGAAGGGUAAAAGAAGAAAAUAAUAAGAGAGUAGAAAGAAUAAUUAAUAUCAUAACUCUGUAUCAAAAUAUAUAGCUAUAAGGUGGCUGGAACGGCGGUUUUCUAUUGGAGAAUUUUUCUCAAAUUUCCUAUGAGAUACCGCCGGCUGAAAUUGCUGUGGAUGACAUAUAAUUGAAGAAAAAAAAAAAAAAAAAAAUCAAAGAAAAACAAGAAUUAAAA